CUGCGAGACCAACCAACUCGAGCAUUCCUUCGUAAAUAGCGAUGUCGCUUGUCCGUGCCUUCCAAGCCCUCCGCGUGGCGGCGCCCGUCCGCGCCUUCUCGGCGGCGGCUUCGCUGCCCGCCAACCUUGUCUUGGCCCAGGAGAAGCCCAAGCCGGAGCCCCGCUUCGUGACCCGCGAGCCGCUGACCUUUGACGCGGCUGGCAACGUGCAGGCCAAGCUCCUUUCGUUCACGGACGGCUCGGAAGUGGGCACGCUCGCGUUGAACCGCAGCGUCUUUGGCGCCCCGAUUCGCAAGGACAUCUUGCACCGCGUCGUCAAGUGGCAAUUGGCCAACCGCCGGUCGGGCAACCACAAGACCAAGACCCGCUCGGAAGUGAGCGGCUCGACGCGCAAGGCGUGGGCACAGAAGGGCUCGGGCCGCGCUCGUGUCGGCAACAUCCGCCCGCCGCAGUGGCGAGGUGGUUACCGCGCCCACGGCCCCGUCGUGCGCGACCACUCGUACAGCUUGCCCAAGAAGGUCCGUGCCAUGGGCCUCCGCGUUGCGCUCUCGACCAAGCUCGCCGAAGGCAAGUUGGCGAUCGUCAAGGAGCUCGACGUCGAGACGGAGAAGACCAAGUCCAUGAAGGCGUUGUUGGAAGCCAAGGGCUGGGACGAUGCGCUCUUCGUGGACGGUGCGGAGGCGCCCAAGAACUUUGUGCUUGCAACGCGCAACCUUGCGCGCGUCGACGUCCUCCGCGAGCACCAGGUCAACGUGUACUCGAUCUUGCACAAGGACAUCCUCGUCCUCUCGGAGAAGACGGUCAAGUACCUCGAGGAGCGCUUGGCCGUCGAGUAAGAAGCCGACGACCACGGACUCGAGCUCGUAGUAGAAGAAGUAGAUAACGCAACCGGACUCUUGUGUUCUUA